AUGGCGGACAGCCGACGUACACCCUCAAUUAGUUUGACGCAAUACCUCCCUCAGGACUCGGGCACCCCCGGUCGAACGGAUAGUCUUUCAAUAUCACCUCCCGACUCGCCGGUUUUCCUUGGCCAUGGGCCUGCUAGUCUAGGCAGCUCUCGAGUCUCAUCCCUAGAGGACGAAUUCGAACAGUACUUCGGGGGCGGACAGACGGAGAAAACAUUCACCAGCCACAUACCGGUUCUGCGCAAACACGCAGAUAAUCAACGAGAAGAUCCCACUCCUUCGUUCACGCGACCGGCUACCGGAUGGGAUACGUUCUCCCGCGAGCCGAAUAACAUGGACACAUUUGCGCCCGCGGCUCCUGGGUGCACGUUCGAAACACACAUAUCCUCCGAUGCUAGACCUAUAGAGUCUCGUAGUUCGGACGUUCUCAACUGGGGCCGAGAGCAGAAAAGAAAGCUCUCAGGAGCCCGUAGCCGGCCAAAAGAAAGUGACCUCUUCCUCCCGCCUAGUUCACGAGUGCCUUGGAAAGGUGCCAGUGGAAGAUCUCCGAUAGUGGAACCUCUGCAAGAAAAGCCAAGAGCCAGAUCCUCAUCUCGUGUGCACUUGUCGAGGAGUUCCUCUCAAUUAAGAGGUCGAGAGAGCCCAUCGCCCAGUGGCGCAUACCUUGGUGGUUAUCCUUCCGUCGUCACGACUAUCACGGGUGGUGAAGCAAACACGAAGGUUCCGGAGAUGUAUGUGCCAAGCAAGAAUAUCCACCGAACAGUGUUUGAGGACCCGACCCCUCCUGCGACUAGCGCAAGCAGCCGUGCUCCGCCACGCGUCAAUCUACCGGAGCCUGAUCUCACCAAUACCCUUGCUGAUUUAAAACUCACCAACGAAGAUGACUUCGGCCUGCCUUCGAGCCGUUUCAGUGUAACUACCUACGAGCCUACAGAAGCAGGCAGUUCAACCGCGACAGGAAGUCCGCGAGGGAGUAUCGACGCUGCUUCCCAGUCUACCGAGUAUCAAUCUUCCAUCAUGUCCAGAAAACGUCCCGUUCCCAGCGCGGUAGCUCCGGGGAAGAAACCGUCAAGGAAACCCACCCCGUCUCAAACAACGAACGAACUUUUGCCUUGCACCCCAGAGCAACAUACCCAAAAUCGCAUCGAGAUGUUGGAAGCAAGGAGAGACUACCUUACACGCCGCAAAGCAAGCAUCAAUACUAUGAUUUACGAGUUGACGCAAGUCAUCCAGCCCAGUCCCAUUGCUUACGAUCUGGCCGCAAGGGACGAGGUCAAGAAAACGGUCGCCAGCUUAAACAAUGAGCUAGCUGAUAUUAAUAAAGAAGAACACGAUGUUGGCAUGAAACUAUUCCGAGCAUGGAGGAAGCGUGACGAACAGGAAUGCAAUGGUGGCAGCAGUGGUUUAUGGGUUAAACGAGUGACCAGCUGA